GCACUGCAAGUAGAGAUCAUUCAGUUAUUAAAGACUUUGGCUGUUACCGUGACUCACUACAAGUGAGGUAGACCCUUGGAAGGAUCUGAUAAUUCUGGUGCUCACCUAGUCACUGAGGUGGCUUACAUGGCAUCUUAGCUUCCAAGUAGCCCAGGUAGAAUCUCACAGUAGGAAAAAGUUACCUUUAUCACUCCCUUCUUUUUUUAAGUCUUUUACCUGAUCACCACUCCCUCCUCACCUUGCCCCUUACCUCAUGUUCAGUACCUCAUUUUGUCCUCCCACUGUUGAGGACAGCCACUGUGGCUCCACCCUUUCUAGAAAUGCUCUCAAAAUACCCCACCUUGCCCUCACCCAACCUGAUCUCAUUAGGUGUUAGAAGGAAGGAAUCUAUUAUCUAAUUAAAGUAAUCCACAAGAGUGAUUAAUUGCGGUCUUGACCUUUUAGACACCUAUACAGGAAACACAGCUUGUCAACUUGAUACAUGAAUGUGGGAUUUCUGGCACUUAAUUUAUUUCUGGUAGGCUUUCCAGUCCCAGUCAGAAAAACAAGAAACAGUAGCUUGCCAAGAACUUCGGAAACAUUGUUUUAAUGGAACCUUACUGGAGACCCCUGUGUAUCCCAAUCUCCUGUUCAGUGCUACAAUACAUGAGACCCCUGGGCCAUGAUGGCAGUCAAGUGGACUGAUGGACAUUCUUCUCCCAUCCUCUGCUUGAAUGCAAGUAAAGACGGGCUAGUGGCUUCAGGAGCAGUGGGUGGAGAUCUCACAGUGUGGGGUGAGGAUGGGACUCCAUUAGGACAUGUGAGGUUCCCAGGCACUGAUGACGUGACCAGUGUCGUAUUUUCCCACUCCUGCCCCACCAAGCUCUACGCUGCACAUGGAGAAAGCAUUAGCAUCCUGGAUGUCAGGGCCCUCAAAGAUUCCUUGGACCAUUUUCAAGUGAACGAAGAAGAAAUCAAUUGCCUUUCCCUGAAUGAAACUGAAAACCUGCUGGCUUCUGCUGACGACUCCGGGGCAAUCAAAAUCCUAGACUUGGAAAAUAAGAAAGUUAGUAGAUCCCUGAAGAGACAUUCCAAUAUCUGUUCCUCUGUUGCUUUUCGACCUCAGAGGCCUCAGAGCCUGGUGUCAUGUGGCCUGGAUAUGCAGGUGAUACUGUGGAAUCUGCAGAAGGCCAGGGCGCUCUGGAUCACACAUCUCCAGGAGGAUGAGACAGAAGAAACAGAAGGCCCACAGUCCCCCUGCCAGCUCUUAAACCCUGCCCUCGCCCACUCCAUCUCUGUGGCAUCAUGUGGCAACAUUUUCAGCUGUGGCGCAGAAGAUGGCAAGGUGCGAAUCUUCAGGGUGAUGGGAGUCAAGUGUGAAAAAGCACUGGGAUUUAAGGGCCACACCCUAGGGGUGUCCCAGGUCUGCUUUCUGCCAGAAUCCUAUUUGCUGCUCACUGGAGGGAAUGAUGGGAAGAUAAUGCUGUGGGACGUGAGCGGUGGAGUUGAAAAAAAACAGAAGAGUCCCAUGAAACAGACCCACAGGAAGAAAACCAAGAGGGCAGCUUAUGCCAAGCAGGGUGGGAACAGCAGCAGCGCAUCAUCAGUCGGAGAAGAGCCCGGCAAGAUGUCCCCAAAGAUGAGCAUUGAGCACGGAGACAAAGUGAACUGGCUCAUGGGUACAAAAAUAAAGGGGCAGCAAAACAUAUUAGUAGCUGAUCAAACCAAUUGUAUAUCUGUAUAUCCCUUAAAUGAAUUUUAAAUCCAAUAAAAACAUUUGAAGAGCUGG